ACAAAAACUAAAAACGCAAAUAACAAAGAUACAAUCAGAAAAUAGUAAUAGAGGAGAUAGAGUUUAAGAGAGCAAAUCUGCGUUGAUGGCUCCUCCACAGCUACGGUUGAAAUGGGUUGCCUCCCAUGCAGCGCUUAAUGUUUAAAGUCUUUCAGCCUAGACUUGUACCUCCAUUUACUCCUUUGGAGGAGCGGUAUGCGGGCGAGUGGCAGCCUUCUUGCUGGUUUCAGCCUUCGGAGGAGGGUUCUGAUGGAGUGACAUAAAUAAAAAAAAACGGGGGAGGCAAGGUUCGAAACCUUAACCUGCUGCACGAAACCUUUGUCCCCAACCACUGGAGCACAAGCUGUGCUUAAUAUAAUGUGUACAAAUUUUAUACUUAUUAUGUCAUAAACGAACAUAAUAAAAAUAAACGAGAGGCGAGGUUCGAACCUCAGACCUCUUGUACACGAACUUUACACUCAACCACUCGAGCACGGCUGCUCACGUUAUUAUCCAUACCAAUCCUUUUAUUUAAACCAACUGUUUCAACUGUUUCAACAAUUCGGCACAAAACAUCCAAGACUGUUGCAGAAACCCAGCCCAACGUAUCCAAAACUGUUACAGAAAUCCGGCCCAACUCAUCCAAAACUGUUUCAGAAACUCAGCCCAUCAGGUCCAAAACUGUUUCUGAAACUCGGCCCAUCAGGCCUCCACCCACAGCUACAGUGAUGCCUUGAUCCGAGACAGGCCCAAGUACGGCCCACUUGUGUCACGGCUUAUCCCUUCCGUGAUUUACGGCAGUCAAAUCUGCUUUCGGCUACAGCUGUCUGCCACAGCGCCUCGAGAUUCCCUCGGUCCCCUUACACGCUCUCCACGCGCCAACAACUUUUCCGGGUUUCAGGGCGACUUUAAUCCAACGCGUAGAAUGAAUCACAGGAAUCGUCCAUCCAACGGUGGAGAUCUGCUCACCUCGCUCUAUAAAUAGGUGCAUUCUGAGGGCGCAACUGUUCACUCCAAAGGAACGAAAAUCUCUCCUGAGUUCCAGCCCCUCUCUCCCAACUCUUCAGCUUUCCUCUUCUUUCAAAACUCAAAAUAUUUCUUCUUCGAUUCAAUCCUUCUCUUCUGAUCUUCUCUCCCAUCUAGUUGAUUCAAUCCCAUCUUUCCUCUGAACUUUCAGAUCUCCAACACACCAUCAUCAUCCUUAAUCCCUUUAACAACAACUCCUUCAAACACUCGACAACUUUACUCUUCGAUCUUCACAUCCCCUCAACCCAUUAUCAUGGAACCACGAACUCUGCAACUGAUGGAGCUACAAACCCAGCAACAAAUCGAGGAUGGAGGAAACAACCAAGCAGCCGGGAGUAGUGCCAACAUAGAUUUCUGGCGAAGCCGUGCCAGGUGGGUUCCUACUCCAGAUCAAAUAAGGAUCCUCAAGGAUCUUUACUACGACAAGGGAGUUAAGUGCCCAACUACAGAGCACAUUCACGAGAUCUGUCUCCAGCUGAACCAGUAUGGACAUGUUGAGGGCAAGAACAUUUAUUUUUGGUUCCAGAAUGUCAGGGCUCGAGAGAAGCAGAUGAAGAGGUGCAAUCAGGCUGCUCAAGUGCCCAUGGGAACUAGUUCUCCUGGUACUGGUGGAUCCAUUGAUCUCAAUUUUGGGUCCACUGGUUCUACUGGUGCUGGUGGAUCCAUCGACAUCAAUUUUGGGCCAGCUGGUGGAUCCAUUGACAUCAAUUUUGGGUCCACUAGUUCUACUGAUGAUGGUAGAUCCAUUAAUCUCAACUUUGGUUCCACCGAUUCUACUGGUAAUGAAGGAUUUCUUGAUUUAAAUUUUGUUUCAUAUUCUUCCUCACACUUCAACACUAAUACCAGUACAACUCUUUUGGCACAACAGGAGGACAAACAUCCCUGCAACAACGAGGAGGAGAUCACCAGGAGAUUGAAACCCUUCCACUAUUCCCCAUGCAUGGUGAGGACAUCUUGGGCAUCAUGAAGACUACUUCCGAGAGAGGUAGCGGUUAUGGCGGUGGCUCUCACAUUUCCCUUGAGCUCAGCCUCAACUCCUACAGAGAUGCAGACAUGGCUUAGUAUAGAGUAUUAUUAUUAUUAUUAUUAU